GCGCUGAACAAUCUUGGUAGUGUUUAUGUUGACUGUGGGGAGUUAGACCAGGCAGCAGAUUGCUACAUCAAUGCUCUCAAAAUCCGGCAUACCCGAGCUCAUCAGGGCCUUGCUCGGGUACAUUUUCUCAGAAAUGAUAAGGCUGCGGCUUACGAUGAAAUGACUAAACUGAUUGAGAAGGCUCAGAACAAUGCUUCUGCCUAUGAGAAGAGAUCUGAAUACUGUGAUCGGGAACUCACGAAGGCAGACCUGGAGAUGGUUACCCAAUUAGAUCCACUUCGGGUUUACCCUUACAGAUACCGCGCUGCAGUGUUAAUGGACAACCACAAGGAAACAGAAGCGAUUGCAGAGCUGUCAAGGGCAAUAGCAUUCAAAGCAGAUCUUCAUCUUCUACACUUGCGGGCCGCAUUCCAUGAGCACGUUGGGGAUGUGUUGGCUGCUUUGCGAGACUGUCGAGCUGCCCUCUCCGUCGACCCCAAUCAUCAAGAAAUGCUGGAACUUCACAGCCGGGUAAACAGCCAUGAGCCUUGAAUGUGGGAAAAUGAAAAAAACAAAACAAAAAGGAAAUUGUGUCACCACCAUGUAUACUAGAAUGUGCAUGUAACGUCUCAUGUCAUAUCUAUUUUGUUUUAUGGGCUCCAAGUUUUGGUCCAAGAGUUAUUGGUAAUAUAAUUUAAUGUCCAUCCAUUCUCUCAGUUCUAGAUUUCAUAAGACGCUGUACAUUUUUUCUGGCUAAAUAUGAAGCUGCUACAGAUACGAGAGUAUUAAAAUUUACAUCCACUGACUAUAGAAAUUAGAUUGCAUCGUCAAGUUCCCAUUUGCGUAGUAGAGAGAGUCACCCACGUGCGCGAGGGAACAGCUGGGUCCCACGCGGAAGAAGAGAGAGCUCGGCUUACACGCACGUGGAGAGAACUCGCGAUCUGGGGCCUGGCGUGCACGAAACGCACGUGAAAGUGUGGGGAAAUCACGGGGGACGGCCGCAGAAGAUGCCACGUGGCGCGGCUUGGUGGAGUGGCUUGAACGGCUAGGCUUGUUGAUGGGCCAAUUUAUUUCUCUCCGCGAAUCUGUGUGCGCCAUGUGUACCAGUUGUUGCACUCAAUUUUUCCGGUUUUAAACAUUUCUGAUGGUUCUUUCUCCACCAUUAUCAGCUUUUAUUCUCAAAAUAAAGCCUUGUAAA